GCUAGCAGCGGCAGCAGGAGGAGGAACCACAAAACAGAAGUCGGGAGAUAGAUUUUGACAUUAGUACGAUGAAGACGAUACUGUGAGGAGCUGCUAAACUCUGUGACAAUGAUCCGGACACUGAGCGGUGCGUCUUUUAAGGCUGUCCGGGCAGCGCAGCCCAAACUGCUAAAGGACAUUACAACAAGACAGCUGCACAACACGUAUGACGUGGCCGUGGUGGGAGCUGGCAUCGUGGGCCUGGCCACAGCCAGAGAGCUCCUCCUGCGACACCCGUCACUCAGCUUCAUCCUGCUGGAGAAAGAAAAACAGCUCGCUGUACACCAGAGUGGGCACAACAGUGGAGUCAUUCACAGCGGCAUCUACUACACGCCGGGCUCGCUGAAGGCCCGUCUGUGUGUGCGAGGAGCCACUUUAGCCUACGAGUACUGCGACAAGAAAGGACUCCCUUACAAGAGAUGCGGAAAGCUUAUCGUGGCUGUGGAGCAGGAGGAGAUACCCAGGCUGAAAGCUCUGUACGAGCGCGGCAUGCAGAACAAUGUGCGUGACCUCAGUAUUAUCGAUGCCAAGGAAAUCCGAGAGCGAGAGCCAUACUGCAGGGGUGUAAUGGCCUUGGAUUCACCCUAUACCGGCAUUGUGGACUGGAGGAUGGUGGCUCUCAGAUACGGCAAAGACUUUGAGGAGGCAGGUGGCACGGUGGUAACUGAAUCUGAGAUCAAUGACAUUUCCAUGGUCAAGGAGAGCCCAGCUGGGAGCACUGACGGAAUGAAAUAUCCAAUUGCCAUCAGAGACAAAAAGGGUAAUGAGGUGCGGUGCCGUUAUGUCCUGACCUGUGGAGGGCUGUACUCAGACCGCCUGUCACAGAUAUCUGGAUGCAGUCGGGAGCCUCGGAUUGUCCCCUUCAGAGGAGAUUAUUUGGUCUUGAAGCCAGAGAAACACUAUCUGGUGAAGGGAAAUAUCUACCCUGUCCCUGACCCACGUUUCCCCUUCCUUGGAGUCCACUUCACCCCGCGGAUGGAUGGAAGUGUUUGGCUCGGCCCCAACGCAGUCCUCGCCUUCAAACGGGAGGGUUACAAAGUGUACGACUUCAGCGCCCGAGACUUUGUAGAUGCACUCUCAUUCAGGGGCCUUCAGAAGCUGGUAAUGAGGAACAUGGCAUAUGGGAUUGGAGAAAUGUAUAGAGGAGUUUUCAUUGGUGCACAGGUCAAACUCCUGCAGAAGUACAUCCCUGAACUCACGCUGAGUGAUGUGCUCAGGGGUCCUGCAGGAGUUCGAGCUCAGGCUCUCGACCGAGACGGAAACCUCGUGGACGACUUUGUGUUCGACGGCGGGGUCGGGGAUGUGGGCAGUCGGGUGCUCCAUGUGAGAAACGCUCCAUCGCCGGCGGCCACCUCCUCCCUUGCCAUCGCUGAAAUGAUCGCGGACGAGGUGGAGAGUCGCUUCAAUCUGUAGAGAAACACGGUGAUCGCAGACAGAAGAAAGAGCCAAAAUAACCCAGCCACAUGAAAAUGGUCAAAUAGAUUUCAUUUGCGGUGUACACAUAGCCCAGUAUCACAAAUCACAGUUUGCCUCAAGAGCUUUACAGUCUGUACAUCAUACAACAGCCUCUGUCCUUAGACCCUCGGAUAGAAUGAGAAGAAACUCUCCCCAAAGAAACCUUUACCCUUUGAUACAACUAUGAUGUUGUAUCAAGCUGUCACUACCUCAGCAUCAUAGAGACAUUUUUAUUGCAGGUCAAGCCUUAAUUUAGGUGAAGAAAGAUAUCUUUGACUUAAUUCAAUUUUUAAGACUGUUUUUACUUUUUACUUGCUGUUUCAGGUUGUGUGUUGUGUUUACUCCACAUUUGCAGCAAAAAAUAUUUUUCUACCAAACGUUUAUCUAAAAAGUACGAGCAGCAUGAGUGAGUGAGCACUCUUAGUGAAAAUGUUGAGCGUAGAAAAAAAGGUGCAGCUCCAAUAAUAUCAUUUUGAACCUUUUUUUUGGGGGGGAAAAAAGAAGGAUUGUUUUCUUGAGUUAUAAAAUAUUUUAGAAUUAAAUGUAAAAAGAUUCUCCCUACUUGCAAGUGUGGGAAAGUUGGAUGUGAAUUAAAAUAGUUUUAUCAUUUUUUAAUUAAACCCUUUAUGUCGCACAAAGCUACAAAAUACACAGUUGAUUAAGAAAUACGGUUUGUGCUUAUUUCAUUUGAAUGUUUUGGCCAUUGGUCAGUUAAAAACACCAAGAAAUCAUAUCAAGACGAAAUACUCUAGUCUUAUGUCAUAUCUACAUUGGUGUAACCUGGGAACACGUGGAUGUUUUAGAAGUUGUUUAUGUGUGUGGGUGGUGAUUUUAUACAAUUCUGCCAGAAUUUGCUCUGUGUUAUAGCUUCAAACGCUUCACAUACUGUGAAAACUGUCCAGAUAAUAUUCCAAUAAAACCAAUCACCUUUUCUGUUAUUUCAUCCCAUUUAUUGAAAAGUGAGUGUGAAAGUAUUUGUACCAUAAAUGCAUAUUUUUGAAUACCAAAUGUACCAGUGUUUGUGGUUUGUGCCAUUUGCCUUUUAAACAUGGGCUACAUAUUAUUCUGUUUGUCUGAGGUACUUUUUAAAUAUUAAAAAGAAAGUAGGGAUUUUUGCCACAAU